CCGCGGCCGACUUCACACCGGAGUAUGCGCGAGCGCGGCGAGUACGUCUCGUUUGUCUGUGCACGAUAUCUGUCAACAAACUUCGUCGAAAAUAACUGGCAUCGCAACUUUCCAGUGAUCCUUUCCAAUAUUGACUGGUUUAUUGUGUGCUACGAGAUCAUUACAAACAACUGUUUAGUCUUUAAAUUGACUGUGAAAGAAAUAAGAACCGUGUUAUUUUUUUACUUGGAUCGCGUGCUACGCUCGCGUUGAGCUGGUGGCUGAGGACGCGUGUGACUGUUUCGUCCAACUUUGAGGAAUCCCUAGCCCUUGAUGAACCAAGUGCACCUCGAUGGUUUUAGAAGAAUUGUGAUGUCUUAUCAAUCAUGGGGUUCGGAGAAACGAAAUAAAACGUGCGAAAACCGAUAUGGAUUUGUUUGAGAGUGGCUUGAGCGCCGCUCCUUUGUACCGCAGUAGGAUACGAGUGUGAUGUUCGAGUCUUUGGUGUCGCGACUGACGUCGCCGCCGGUGUCCAGACGCCGGCACACGGUCCACGCCGCGCGAGAAGUCUGCAGCGAGCCCGAGGAAGAUGCGGCACCGGUGCAACGUCGGUCCAGGACCGCGAAACACUUGCUCGAUAAAAGACGAAAAGCCCGUCUCUCGUGCGCUGAUCUCACUACCGUUGCAGCCAACGCGGAGCCUGAGCGAACUUCGCGCAUGGACGCACUGAAAGCUUUUUUGCCAUUGCGCCAGUCCAAGUCACUUGGCCGUUUAGAUGGACUUAAAGAGAUAGAGCGUCUAGCGCAGUACGAGCGGCUAGUGGGCGGCGGGUGUGCCCGCAGACGUGCGGCGCGUCUCUCCGACCUGGAACGUGUGCAGGACCUGUUCCCUCACGACUACCUUGCAUUGCACGACGCCGACGCACCCGCGGCACUUGCCUCGCACCAUGCACAGAAACAGAAGAGCCUCCGUAAACGUCCAAGCUUGGAUAUCGGCAGUACAAUCAGUGCGAGUAACGGAAAUUUAUCGCCACGCACGUUCAUCAUGGAAGCACCUGUGCAACUGUGCCCGCUGGGAACGAGCUCCCCACCUCUAGAUCGCCACUUGUUUCUAUUUAACGACUUGCUUUUAGUCGGCAAGUCGCGGGCCACGAAUUGCUUUAAGCUCAAGGAAAGCGUGAGACUUGCCGAAGUUUGGCUCUCGCUUCAGGACGGUGACGAUACGGGAUUCCUCAUCGGAUGGCCAACGUCUAACGGCGUCAUUAACUACCUCGCUACGUACCCGACGCAAGCCGCCCGAGAUACUUGGUUUAGAAAAAUACAAAACGCUCUGAAUGCCCAGUUGGCCACAGAACCGAAAUCAACAAACAUACAAAUCUUCUACAAGGACUUGAUGUCUUCCAUUGAAUUCUGUAAAACAUUGUCCGUGAAUCCAGAGAUGAGUUCUCGCUGUGUGAUACGACAGGCCCUCCAUGUGAUUCAAAAUGGAGGCGAAGUGGAGGGUGAAGGUGACGCUGACGCUGACGACGGUCGGCUGGGUGCCGUCGACGAGUUCACGUUGUGUGUUCGGACGGGCCGCGAUGCACCGUCCAUGCCCCUAAAGGGUAUCGAGAGACCACAUUCGAUACAGAUGUCACGAAUACGUCAAACUUUAUCCAAUGAAGAUGGGUUCGACAUGGACCAUGUUAAUGCCAAGAACAACCCCUGUGGACUUGUGUUCGAAUUGCGGAAGAAAAAUCAAGGCCUGAAGAACGGGAACAGCACGCCUGGACGCGGUCUUCGCUUACUCCGAAGGGGAGGUCGUCUAUUCGGCGUGGCGUUGACCAGGCUAUGUAACGGCACACCGCCGCCCGCGCUCAUACAAGUCAUGCGGCGCCUGAGGGUCCUCGCGCCCUUGACGCACGGCGUCUUCAGACGCAGCGCUAACGCCAAAGCGCUACGACUGCUAAGAGAUAAGUUGGAUACGUUGGGUCCGUGGGCAGAAGGGUGCCCUGAAUUGGACCGUGCUCCAGUGUUGUUAUUGGCUGCAUUAGUCAAAGAAUUCUUUCGAGCUCUACCUCAGCCGCUUCUUGCCUCAGAACUAUAUCCGGCUUGGCUGCAAAUUCUUAAUUUAUCUCAAAAUGAAAAGGUGACUGCGGUUCGCUCAUUACUGCUGAAACUCCCAAAGGCACACUACACGAUGCUAACGUACUUUGUCUGCCUAUUACAAGCUAUUGCCAAGAAAUCCAACAUCAACCUAAUGUGUCCAAUGAACCUGGGCGUUUGCGUUGGACCUAGCCUUCUUUGGCCGAAUACUCCAUGCGACAAAGCUCCUAAAGCGGUGCCGAAAGUCGUCGAAUUAUUAAUUGUUAAAGCCGAUAUCUUGUUCGGGCCACAAAUAGCCGGUCUUUUGGGUAACGGCAGUCCAGAAUCCCCGAACGCCUUGCUCGACUCCGGCGCCGAAGAAAGCGACAGCCUCCAUUCCGUUGGAAUCUCUUUAGACUCUAUGGAACUGACGCCGCGUAAAGAAAAAUUGUCCCUAAGCAGGGAUUCCGGACUAACGCUCUCUGAAGACGACUCGAACAGCAAUGGCGGCAACAGCCCGGCGCCUCGCAAUAUCCUUCACAGCUCAUCGGCUCCUUCUUGCAAUUUACAACAAGAUUCGAAAUUGUUAGCCCGAUACAAAACGGAAAACCACAACGUCAACGGUCUUCCACAAAGACAAAACAUUUAUUCUAAUAAAGCCGAAUUAUAUAGUACCGUGAACGAAGAACUUUACACGGCCCCUUACGUCGGCGAAAGGUACGUACACAACACUAUAAACAUUGGAAUCUCAAACGGGAUCGAUGAUAGAAACUACGUCUCCAAGACAGCUUUGCAACGGUCGACGGCUGAUAUAUACGCGCAGAGCCCAGCUAAAUACAUCACGGGUCUAGAACCUCAGAAGCCGCCGCGAAGCAACGUCUCCAAAGCAGCCCGCACUUCGAAGGUAUACAGCAUGUACACUGAAACUCAGAACGCGGAUUUAAACGCGACAAACAAGAAUUUCAAUAGAGCUAAAAGUUCGGAUAAUCUUUUAGAAACGAAACAAGAAUCUCUCGAUAAUAAACAAAACUUGAUAUCUAGUCAGGAAAACAUACUGUACACCAACAUACACGACCUCGCCAUGUUCACGGAGAACAUUCAACGGCAAACUCAGUAUCAGGCGCAUACUAAUGGUGUUUCAAACGCGACUAAUAAUUACAAACGUGUUUACGCGGGCUGGGACAAAAACAACACAGCAUAUGGCGUCAAACAAAACACGGAAAACAUUUACGAGCAAAUGAAAACAAAACACGGAGAAUCCUCGCAGAAUAAUUCGGAUGGGAAACUUACACCGGCAGCCACCAUUUUUACAAGAAAUGACUGGUCUCGUCAGGCAGCGAGGACAAAGAGCCUGGAAGUUAGCGAUGACUCGCACUCGGACAAAACACGCAACGGAAAUUACGAUCCAAAUAUAACUAACUGCUGCAGGAAAAGGCGGUUCGAUCCGGCGCACAUGUGCACUAAAAGCUGCACUGGCUUACAAGUCGCCAACACUAGGAGAGAGGAACAAAUCAAACACAACAUAAACCCACUACAAAACUCUUACUCAUACGUUGAUAAUGUUCAAACGAAUAAUUCGGAUGAGAUUAAAAAGUGUCGAGUUCGUAAUUACAAUAAUAAAUUAAAUCAAUCGAAGUCUCUGGCCAAUAUUAUUUUGAAUAGCGAUUCUAGCAGCAGCGACACUUUGUACCAACCACAGAACGCGUUCAACAGUCGAUCGACCGAAUCACCGGCCAGCGAGAACUCCUACGAGAACUGUUACUCUACGCAGUACAUAGAUCCCCUAUACACUUCUGUGUACAAUCGCAGAAGGGACAUAUACCACGAAGCGAAGUCGAACAUCUUUGGAUCUGAUAUCUACAAAGCCACCCCGACCGCCGUCGAGCCCGAGUAUACAGAGAACGAAAAGAACAAUAAUAACAAAAAACCUCCUCAAAUACCACCGCCUGUUCCGCCGAGGAAGAUGGUGUACCAGAGAGUCCUGAAAAAAUUCCAGCCUGUGCACGUGAACAAGGACGACAAAACGACGCGAUCCAAGUCCGUGCCGCGUCUGUACCCAUCGAACGGCGCCGACAAAAACAUCCAGAACGUUCUAGAUUUGGACGCCACCGAUUCCGACACGGAAUCAGAAUCGUACGUUUAAGAAUUUCAAAAUGUAUCUUAAGACUUCAUUCGUGUCAUAGACGUUGUAGAACUUAAAAAUGUUUUAUCAACUAAUUUAUCUUAAAAGUAAUCGUGAAUAAAAAAAUUAUAUUUUAUCCCAGUAUAUUAUGAUGAACUACUACUUAUGAAUUUUAAUAACUUGAAAAGAUUUUAAUAGCGUUAAGAGAUAGAUAGAUGCCUUCAUGCAAGAAUCCCGCCUGAAAUUAUAUAAACACGUGACCAUAACUGGAUUUGUUUUGGUGAUGUUAUUCCAAAGACGUAAGAAUAAUUUCAAUUUAAAUGAUUUUAAUGUAAAUGAAUGAUGUGAAAUUGUAUUGUAUUAUAAAUUUUAUUGAACUCUUGAUAGCUAAAUAUUUCCUUAAAAUAUUAGCAUGUUUAGUUUUUUUUUUCAUAGAUUUAAAAGUAUACUUUAGACGGUUUUUGUAACGUCUUAUUAAUAAAAAUAUAAGAUUUUAUACAAGUUUUAAACCUAAACUAAAUCUUUGAUUUAAUUCAUGUGACACUAAUGAUUUACUCAUCAUUUAAGCCAGAUUCGAUGUAGUUGAUUAUUACGUACUGAAAAGUGUAAUGUUGUAAACGUGUAUAUAUAAUUUGUAAUAUAAUGUAAGUACGUAUCAAGAAAUAAAUAAUAUUAUAUGAAUAUAUAUAAAAUAUAUUAAAUCACAUUU